UGCCCCGCGCACGUAGCUCCGCAAACAAAGACACUCCGGUGGGGAUGAAACCCGCGGCCUCGGUGAGGCUCUUUCCGCCUAUUUGAGGCGCCGCGCCGCGUCUGCGGUUAGUACGGUAAUCCCCACACCGGGUCUCCGUUGAUUCAGAGAUCAGAGUGAAACGAUGUUGCUUUAAACCUCACGCGGUCAAAGUUGUUUACCUCUUCGUUACCUCUGACGUAACGACACACCCCUGUUUGAGGGGGGCGGAUCUGCGCGUUACGAGCACGGGCGCCGACCAAACACGCCCGGCCGGGGCUGAGACGUUACCAACCACAGCGCAAGAGACACGCAGAGCCCACCUGUGAUUGGUUACCGUAGGGGCUGGGGGGGAAAUCCCUCUUUUCCCGUAGAGGUCCUGGGGAGGGGGCGGUGCAUAACAACAAAAAAAAAAAAAAGUAAUGGCCAUCUAUUUGGGUCCUGAAGAAGGAGGGAUAGCGUAUUUCUCGUCGGACUAGCUGAGGUGUGAUUGAGUUUUCCCCCCGUUCCCGCAUGCGUUCGCCCCUCCGCGGUACCGCGUUGCGCCUCGGUCGUUUCCUCGUUAGCUGUGCGCGGCGUGCGGUCUCAGAAAGGUUAAUACGCUGGCUGAACUUGGUGCCGCGUUUUAGGGUUAACGCAGCCAGCUAGCCACGCUAAGCUACUACCACCACCACCACCACCUCCUCCACCGCCGCCGCCGCCGCCACUACCACCGCCGCCGCCGUGCGAGCCAGCGUCUGGAAGGGCGUACGAGUUUGACGUUUUUCUCCUCACAUUUCUCCGAGUGUCGGCGCGGCGCGGUCCUCCCUCCUUUCAGCCGAAGCGCAGCCCAACAACAUGGAGGGGACACGCUUUACGGGAGCAUGAAGACGGCGAACGACGACUAAAAAGGGAUUAAAAGCAACUCGGUCUUCAUGGGGAAAAGUUCAGCAGAGGUACGAAACUCGGCGUGCACGGGGAGGAGGAGCGGCAGCUCGAGUCUGGAGUUCAGUUUGUGGAUUAACAACUUGGGCCAAACCGAAGAAAGGUUUCCUCUCUUACCUGUUGUGCAAGGGCAUGCUUAAACCUCAGUGAUGGAGCCCACAGUUGUGAGUACAUCCACUCUGGCCCCUGAUGAGUUUGACAGGAACGUGCCACGGAUCUGCGGUGUGUGUGGCGACAAAGCCACUGGCUUUCACUUCAACGCCAUGACCUGUGAGGGAUGCAAGGGCUUUUUCAGGCGCAGCAUGAAGCGCAAGGCUGCCUUCACAUGUCCCUUCAGCGGCAGUUGCACCAUCACCAAGGACAACAGGCGCCAUUGCCAGGCAUGCCGGCUCAAACGCUGCGUGGACAUUGGCAUGAUGAAAGAGUUCAUUCUGACAGACGAGGAAGUGCAGAGGAAGAAGGACCUGAUUCAGCGUAGGAAGGACGAGGAGGCGCAGCGCGAAGCGGAGAGGGAGGCGCGGAGGCCCCGACUCACCGACGAGCAGAGUCAGGUCAUCACCACGUUGGUGGAGGCGCACCAUAAAACAUAUGACGACUCCUACUCUGACUUCUGCCGCUUCAGGCCUCCGGUGCGUGAGGGCCCCGUGACACGAAGUGCCAGCAGAGCGGCCUCUCUCCACUCCCUGUCGGACGCGUCCUCUGAUUCUUUCAGUCACUCUCCAGAGUCUGUUGACACCAAAAUGAACUUCAACAACCUGCUGAUGAUGUACCAGGAGCAGGGCAGCAGCCCUGACUCCAGCGAGGAGGAGGGCUCCAGCUUCUCCAUGCUGCCCCACCUGGCUGACCUGGUCUCCUAUAGCAUCCAGAAGGUCAUCGGCUUUGCCAAGAUGAUCCCCGGGUUCAGGGAGCUGACUGCAGAGGACCAGAUUGCUCUGCUUAAGUCCAGCGCCAUUGAGGUGAUCAUGCUGCGUUCAAAUCAGAGCUUCAACCUGGAAGACAUGUCCUGGAGUUGCGGUGCCCCUGACUUUAAAUACCAGAUCAGCGAUGUCACCAAAGCGGGCCACACUCUGGAGCUGCUGGAGCCGCUGGUAAAGUUCCAGGUGGGCCUGAAGAAGCUCAACCUGCACGAGGAGGAACACGUGCUGCUGAUGGCCAUCUGUUUGCUUUCUCCAGACCGGCCAGGUGUGCAGGAUCACGCGCGGAUCGAAGCCCUCCAAGACCGCCUGUCGGAGACGCUGCAGGCCUACAUCCAGCUCCACCACCCGGGCGGGCGGCUGCUGUACGCCAAGAUGAUCCAGAAGCUGGCCGACCUGCGCAGCCUCAACGAGGAGCACUCCAAACAGUACCGCUCACUGUCCUUCCAGCCGGAGCACAGCAUGCAGCUCACCCCGCUGGUGCUGGAGGUGUUUGGCAGUGAGGUCUCCUAGAAGCCACCUUCUGAACCUCAGCGGUGGAGAGGAAGCUGGAGACAAAAAAAACCCCCGAGAGGGGUUAAAAAACGGACGGAGGGAGCUGAGGAUGUGCUGGAUGGACUAAAUGGAGGUGUGGGGUGUGAAGCAAAUGGAGGAGAGAAAGAGGUUCGUGUGUGUGUGUACGUGUGUGUGUGCGCGUGUGUCUCUAUGUAUGUAUCACGUCUAACUCUUGGUGUAAGGGCCAAGGUUGUAUGGAGAGCAAGCAGAUGCUAACAGACAUAGUAAACAAGGGAAUUUUAUAUAGUAUAUACAUAUAACUUCUGCCUAUAUACAGUAUUUUUGUCUGUAUUUAAAUCAACCAACAGCUGCUUCAAAUACCUGGACAUUUCGUGUGGGCACAUGUUGUGCACACGCCAACACAACAAACAUACUCAGUUAUUCAUUUAGCCAUUCAGUUGAGCUACCUCUUUGUUUUACCGGGGUUGUUUUGUAUUUACAUCACCUACGUGAAACAGUAACUUUUACACAGAACAGUUUAGAUACAGUACGGAUUACGUAUCAGUUUACCGGUGCAAAAGCGGUGCCUGCACAUUACUUCGAACUUCUGAUGAUUGCAAAAGCGUGUAUUGUGUUUUUUGUUGUUUUUUUUUUUUUUUUUUUCCAUUUGUUUUCUUUUUAUCUGCUUCUCUCCAAGGCAGCAUAUGUAUAUGACUGUGUAAACAAAUCAAACACACGCCUUUCACCUUUUCACCAAAGGUAUGGUCAACUACUCUCGAAAAGCUUCCAGUACCUAAAAAUAACUUUGCUGCUCCGUGGCUCGCUUCGCUCAUGCAGCCACUCUGCGACUUGUCUAGCUUCACAGCCUAUGAAGGAAAAAACUGUCAUUAUAGAGGUUUCUACUACGGAGUACAGAGCGUUAGUCUGUAAUUUAGUGAAGUUUUAAUAGGACCUGAUUUUGAGGUGAGAAUUAGCCACUAAAUGUGUUAGCUACUUUUACACUGCUAACUGUCAAUCGAACCAAGCCUGCAUUAUGGCUUGUUACUCUCUUUCAAAAUUGUUUUUCAUUAUUCUUCUCUUUUUUUUUGUUUAAUUGUUUAUUUCCAUGUAAAUAGUUAAUUGCUAUCACUUGUAUCCUAAGCACUGUUAUACCACCUUUUACUCGAGCAUAUGUAUUGCUAUACAGUAUCUAUAUUAUCACAGAUUUUAAAGGGCUACAAUGCCAAAUCUAACUGGAAUAGUAUAUCAAGGCCAAAGCAAGGGGCCUUUGUUUUUAAUAUAUAGCUGCGUACCAUACUUGGAAUUGGCAUAGAUGUGGAUACAAUUGCAAUAGAGGCUUUUGUUUUAUACGUCAUUUUCCCCUUUAAAACAAUUCCAUGAAUUGUUCCUCUUCAGUACACCGUGAGCUCAGUGGGCGGAGAGCUUGGGAAGCUGCUUCAAACCUCCACAGAUAUUACAACCCUUUCGUUUCUGACUGGGGAGUGGAUUUUCUAGAAUGUCUGAGGGCCUGGUGGUAGUAGCGGUGGUGGUGGUGGUGGUGGUGGUGCUGCUGCUGCUGCUUCUGCUUCUGCUGCACACCUCUACACCCCGGCCCUCCUGUUUGAUGAUGUAUGCUGCGCAGCCCUCUAGUGGCUGUAAUGUGUAAAUACCAGGUAUAAAUAUAUGUGUCUGCCGCUGUACAUAGGGCUACAUAGAUUCUUAAGGCUAUUUUUUUCAAAGAUAUAUAUGCAAAUACCAUGGACCCUUUUUUGUUUUUUGAUCCAUUAUCACCAUGUUCUGAAACACUAUGCUCUUUGUUUUUACUUCUGUCAUUGGGGUUUGGAUGGUGGGGGGGGGGUAAAUGGGGAUUUCUUGUAUAUCUGACAGUCAGGUUGUUAUUUGUUUAGUCGUGGGUUAAUGAUUUCCAAGGUUCAUUUUCAGAAAGAAGACAAACUAAACAUGUCGCGCUGCUCUCAACUAUAAGCCAUAUGGAUCACCGAGUUAGUUAUACACACACGAUACAUUACAGUACAUCAAAAAUAAUGACUCCAGAGCCUUGGACAUUUCUCAUUUCAUCAUCUACUAAAUGUAUACGCUAUUUAUCUGUGGCUUUUGGAACAUGAGCUUGUAUGUGAUAAGAACUUAAAUGACUUCUCUCUGCUGCUGCUGCUUCAUCAGACAGCAUCUAAUGGCUUAUAACCCAAACUGCCAGGAGACUUUUAAACGCUUAGGUUUACAGGCCAGUAAUAUAUGGCGUGCUGCAUGUGGGAUUAUGGUAAAAUUAUACGAGACGACGUGUCUUCUAUAUUGAGACAAUUCUCCAAAGAAACGUUCCACUUCCUGCCAAGUGAAAAAAGAUUUCAUUUGAGGCAACUUCGCUUAAAGGAAAUCAUUCGCAGAGGUGAUACUAAAGUUUCUUUCUUUUUUUUUUUGGUCUUCUGUUUGCUGUGUGACGGAGGACUACCGUUCAAACGAUUCUUGGGAUUGGCCAUCUGUGUAGAGUUUCCUUCAUCUCAAUAGACCAGAGUUACUCUAAAGAAGAUGCGAGGACUUUUUUUUUUUUUUUUUUUUUUUUUCGGGUUAAACGCAACAUUUUCUCGCUGAUUUUCGUGAGAAGACGUUAAUUUGAGUCAUUCAUUUUCACACCUACCAUUGGAAUCAAGGUCCACUCUACGUUACUGUGGCUUUCUUUUAACUCUUCUUAGUCACUGUGACACCAGACGACAGCCGGAGCUUGAUUGAUGCUUGGAUAGCACAUUCGGACGUUCCCAUAUUCCCAUAAUCACGAUAAGUAUUGGAAAAAAAAAAAAAAAAUCCUUGGGAUUAUAUAGAUAUAAUUCCAUACCCUGCUGUGAUUGAACUCUUAAAGGAGUUGAAGCUCGAGUGUCGUUAGGCAGUACCACUCGUAUGUAUAGUAUGUCAGUUUGAUGAGGGGUAUGAUGUGCUUGGUUACUGAACACUGACUUUUGAAGUUUUGAAACGUCUCCAUGUUGAUUUUAUUUUUCUGAAUACAUACUCCGGUAUGUAUGACGUGGGUUUGAUUUAGUUGUACUUUCUUUUUUUUUUUCGAGAUAGAGGUGCAGUGUUGAUUUGUGUAUGUUAAAUACAGUGGGAGGUUUGGUGAAUACGUAAGUGCCACAGGGAGAGUUCCCUCCACACAAGAACAGGGUAAACGAGGAGUUGCGCUUGGGGAUUUCAAAACCAAACAGGAAAACUCUUGAGGAUCUUUUAGUACGUCUCCUAAAUUGAGCAAUUAGAUUUGCAUCAGUGUCAUGCGGCGCGAGGGGGAAUUCAGAGCUGGGAGGUUUCAUCCUGCGAAUAUCUGGUUAAAACUUCAUCCCACAUUUAUCCCCGUUUCACCCGAAACACCGUGCGCACAUGUGAAUGCGGUUAAAUCCGAAAAAAUAUGGAGCAUCCCCCAAAGAUUCCUGUUUGGUUUUUUUACCGCGGUAGGCUGCUCAGUAUCUGUAAGUUCUUAACUCUGCAUUGUGGUUGUCAAAUACUGGAAAGCAUACGUCAACGGAAAUCCACCACACAUUAAAAACGGAUCCACCCUCGUUGAGAUUUCCGCGAUAUCGGCAACAUAACCCAGUGACCUGCAAUAUACUACUCACGGUACACUAUCACCAGCAAGCUUUACAGCUUCUUCAUAUUAGCAGACAUUUUUGAAGUUUUUCUGUAACUGUUGCCAUUACAAGUCCUGUCUGAAAACAUGUAGGAUACCAUUCAACCGAAAACUGUUGGCCAUCUCCCAAACGAAGCAUUUUAACUCCUUUAUAUUUUGUUCCUCCCUUUAGGACAGGGAUUGUAAUGGAAUCAACUUAAUGUAGUUCUUUAAAAAGAAAAAAGAAAAAAAAGGAGUGUCCACAAUGUAUGUACACCAUAAUCUACCUAAAAAACCUACCUCUUUUAGCUCAGAUGUUGCUUUAGCAUUAAGCAUUUGCCUCUGUUUUUACUUUUUAUAAUAUUUGUAUUCAUGUUGGUAUUUAUUGCUGUCUAAUGAGUCAUACUUCAAUGAUUACCUCAGAGAUAUCUCACAGAUUUGGGAGAGUCCAGCUAAUGAAGUCAUUCAUAGUUUUUUUGUUUUUGUGUACAGUUUUUCUUUUUUUUUCUUUUUAGCAAUGCCUCUUUUUCUUUUUUCUCUCUCUCUUUUUUUUUAACGCACAAAUACCAGGAGUGUUUUUUUUUUGUUUUUUUGUUUUUUUUUUUUAAAUAGUGCCUCCACUCUGACCGUUGGGGCUCUGGCUAGGAUGAGGAGGCUGCACUCACUCCAGAAGCGGCGUCCUUUUCUGUCCCCCCCCACCCCCUUCGUUUUUAUAUCCACGUAGUUCUCAGCGACGUUUAGAUGCUUCUUUUCUGCCGCCGCGUUGCUGAUAUCUACGGUGCGUUCGUAUUCUUCGAGGGGCGACCGGAAGAGGGGAACUUUUCUGAGUGAAUGCAGCCGUGAAGAAGUAGAAGACUUUGUGGCAGCAGGAGAAGCGAGAGCUGUGCUUUGUGCUCCACUUGGUACUUUUAGCAUGGCCUAUAGUACGUCUUCUUGUCAUUUUCUUUUUUUUAAUUAUUUGAUUUUUGAUUUUUUUUUUUUUUUUUUUAUAACCCAUAUCCUCUUUGUGUCUUCACUUCUCCUUCUGUCGUAAAGUCUGUUCGCGCAACUUCAUCAUUCCCUGCCAACGUUUGGUCAAACAAGGGGAAUUAGGAGGGGUGUAAAAGCCUCAGUGUCCAUGCAAUGCUGCUUUUUAUCUCGAGCGCCACCAAGUUGCGUUCAAUCGACACUACGUAACACAGGCAACGUCCAAAGUGUCGGCCCCAAAGCAGCGCGGCAAAGCCUCACCGGAAGAGAGUGUCUUUUGAAAAGUACUCAACUUAGUGCUGCUCACUGGGGGGAAAUAAAAAAAAAAAUAAAAAAUAUUCCAGUUAGAUCCUAGUAUCAUUAAUGGAGCAACUACUCACUUUUGGUGAACUCAAACCAAGCUUUUUUUGUAUUCAUGUCAAUCUGCUUCAGGUAAACACUGAAUGAAAAUUAGAGAGUUUUUAUUGAUUGGCGAGGAACAGUGUGGCCACGGUCACGUCUACCCCGAGCUGUGUGCCAUAACGUGAGCCUUUUCAUGCAGGGGGAGGGCGUCUGCGAAAGCCGGCCUCACGUGUUCCCAAGCUUCAUUAGAGUGGGGAGAUCGGUUGUCUGAGUGUGAGAUUGGCUUCUAACUUAGUACUCUGUCAAGCCACGUAUAUAUCGACCUUUAUCCUCAUAUAUAUAUAUAUAAAUAUAUAUAUGAGGAAUAAAUCUGAAUUUGGCGUUGAAUUCUCGCCCUGCGUUGUGAACCCAAAUCAUGCCACAUUCAAUUUAAACGCCUGAACCAACAAAAGCACUUAAUAUAAUGUUUGUAACACAUGUAUACUGAUCAAGCUACUAGCCAUAAACUGCCUGUGUAGGUCAGCAUGAUGUGGCUCCAAUUAUCAAGACAGUUGCCUAAAUUCUAAUGUAAUUGCAAUUUAUCUUUUGUCUCUUUUUUUUUUUCAAAGAUCUUUUUUCUAUUAUAAAUUGGUGUUUAUGUAAUGUUAUUUUUGUCUGAUGUUUUGCAAAUCAAAAAUAAACAGUUGUACAUAG